AACUGAAUAAUCUACUACCAUGUCUGGAAGAGGUAAGGGAGCCGGAAAGGCCAGAGCAAAGGCAAAGACUCGUUCAUCCCGUGCCGGACUCCAGUUCCCCGUCGGCCGUGUCCACAGGCUGCUGAGGAAGGGAAACUACGCUCAGCGUGUCGGUGCCGGAGCUCCGGUGUACCUGGCCGCCGUGCUGGAGUACCUCACCGCUGAGAUCCUGGAGUUGGCCGGAAACGCCGCCCGUGACAACAAGAAGACCAGAAUCAUCCCCCGCCAUCUGCAGCUGGCCGUCCGCAACGACGAGGAGUUGAACAAACUGCUCGGUGGAGUCACCAUCGCUCAGGGAGGCGUCCUGCCCAACAUCCAGGCCGUCCUGCUGCCCAAGAAGACCGAGAAGGUCGCCAAGAAGUAAACUACUCAGAUCCGGCUGCUUCAACUAAACACAACGGCUCUUUUAAGAGCCACACACUCAGUCUGAAAGCGCAUCAGUUUCAGUUAUUACAAUACAUUUAAAUAUAUUAAUAUAUUACAUAAAUAUUGUUAGAGUUAACUAACAUGACUACAUUUAGUAUGUUUAUUAGUCUUUCCUAAUAUGUAGUUACAUAUAACAAAUAUACAAUUGUUUUCACUUUACUAUAUAUCAACAUGAGAGUCUGUAUUAUACUCCUCCCGUCUGGGUAUUGACCACAUUGAUCCCUUAUAACUGUUGGAUUAAAGUCUUACUGUAAAGGUUAGAGUACAAUGGAUUUAUACUAUUUACAGGGUUAGGUCAUAUCAUUAUAUAUUAUACUCUAAUGCAAUGAAAACUUUUAGUGUUAGUAUUUUAGUAAACUUUAAAUGUAGAGUGUCAGGUUUAGUAUCCUAAAGUGACAUGUUAACAAAUAAUGGCAGAUACUAAUAAGUCCUGGUCUGGAUUUUAAACAGGUUGUUUGAGUGAAUAAAAUGUCACUGCUUGAA